AUGGGAGAUUGGUAUAUUAGUGGUUCAAAUCUUGAAGGAGAACAUGGAUUAGUCGAACAAAGAAAUUGUCCACAAGGAAGACAAUUUUGUCAUAAAAUUAUUGAUGAAUGUAUUAGAGAAAAAAGAACUUUACAUGUCCAUCAACAAGACUGGCAAAUAAACACUUUCACUUAUGAGAAACUCUAA